AUCCCGCUACUGACACCGCACAGGAUGGGCCGGUUCGAGCUCUCCCACCGGGUGGUGCUCGCGCCGCUCACGCGCUGCCGCUCCUACGGCAACGUGCCGCAGCCGCAUGCGGCGUUGCACUACUCGCAGCAGGCGACAAAGGGCGGCCUGCUUAUCGCCGAGGCCACCGGCGUCUCCGCCACCGCCCAGGGGUUUCCUGAUACUCCUGGCAUCUGGACGCAGCAGCAGGUCGACGCUUGGAAACCCAUCGUUGAUGCCGUUCACGGCAAGGGCGCUCUGUUUUUCUGCCAGAUUUGGCACGCCGGAAGGGUCUCCUCAAACGAUUUCCAGCCGGAUGGGCAUGCGCCGAUCUCCAGCACCGACAAGCAGAUACCGCCUGAUGCUGAGUCCGGCAUGGUCUACUCCUAGCCUAGACGGCUUCAGGCAGAUGAGAUACCGUUGAUCGUAGAUGACUUUAGACGCGCCGCUCGGAAUGUCAUUGAGGCGGGGUUCGAUGGUGUAGAGAUCCACGGAGCACAUGGGUUUUUCUUGGAGCAGUUCAUGAAAGAUAGCUCAAACGACCAUACUGACAAGUAUGGUGGCAGCCUUGAGAACCGAUGCCGCUUUGCCGUGGAGGUGAUUGAUGCUAUCAUCCACGAGAUCGGUGUGGAUCGUGUGGGAAUUAGGUUGUCUCCGUUCGUUGACUACAUGGAUUGCUUCGACUCUAAUCCACAUGUGCUCAGUACCUACAUGGUACAACAACUCAAUAAGCACAAAGGGUUUCUUUACUGCCACAUGAUAGAGCCUCACAUGACCAUUGUGGAUGGCCGCAUGCAGAUACCCCAUGGGCUAUUGCCCUUUAGGAAAGCAUUUAAUGGCACUUUUAUUGCCGCUGGAGGGUAUGAUCGAGAGGAAGGCAACAAAGUGGUGAUUGAUGGUUAUACUGAUCUCGUUGCCUAUGGGAGGCUAUUUCUGGCUAAUCCGGAUUUGCCUAAGAGAUUCGAGCUAGAUGUCCCCUUGAACAAGUAUGACCGGUCCACCUUCUACACGCAGGAUUUUGUCAUCGGUUACACAGAUUAUCCUUUCUUUAAUGGCUCAAAUGCAGAGUAGUUUUAUUGUCCCAACUUCAAUCACUGAUGUGGUUCGCUUAUAAAUGUAAUGAUUUAUUCAAUAUGUGAGUUCACGUGCAUGUGCAUUGUAUAAUUUUCACAAAUAAUUUAUUUGUGCUUUCCACUGUAAUGCCAAAAUAUAGAGAUAUUCAUCUUGUGACAAAUGUUCGUACGUAUUUGUUUUUAUUUCGGUACA